CACAUUGUGCAAAAUGGCUGCGCCCAAACCGGCGAGUAAUGUAUUCACAUUCCGGGAUGCUCGGGCCGUCCCUGACCCGGUCCAGGAGCCGGUGCUGGAUGGUCCGGCUGUGCUCGUGUUGGACAAUGGCUCCUUUCAGCUAAGAGCAGGAUGGGCGGGAGCGGGACCCAAGAUGCAGCUCCGUUCGGUGAUAGCACGGAGCCGCGGCGGGCCUCGCAGCCUGAGCCGUGUGGGUAACGAUAUACCGAGCCUGGAGCCGCUGAGGUGGCUGCUCCGGACGCCGUUUGAUAAGAACCUGCCGGUGAAUCUGGAGCUGCAGGAACUGCUGUGUGAUCACGUGUUCCAGAGACUGGGAGUGACGUCACAGGGCUGCGUUGAUCACCCCCUUGUGUUUACAGAAGCACCGUGCACCCCACUUCAUGUCCGACAGAUGGUGUCAGAGCUCCUGUUCGAGUGUUACCAGGUUCCUAAAGUGUCAUUUGGGAUUGAUGGACUGUACAGCUACUACCACAACAAAAAGGAAAUGCCGCCCACUAGUGCCAUUGUGGUGUCCUCCGGCUACCACUGUACUCAUAUACUUCCUGUGCUGAAUGGCAGGUUGGACGCCAAGAACUGCAAACGUAUAAACAUCGGAGGCUUCCAUGCUGUGACCUAUCUCCAUCGCCUGCUGCAGCUGAAGUAUCCAGGACACCUCUCUGCGAUCACGCUGAGCCGCAUGGAGGAGAUUCUACAUGAGCACUGCUAUGUGCCAGACGACUAUAUGGAAGAGCUCAAGAAGUGGCGCUGUCCUGAUUACUAUGAGGAGAACGUCCACAAAAUGCAGCUGCCCUUUUCUUCCAAGCUCCUGAGCAGCACUGUGCCCUCAGAGGAGAAGCAGGAGCGCAGGCAGCAGCAGCUAAGACGUUUGCAGGAACUCAACGCGCGACGCAGGGAAGAGAAGCUGCAGCAAGACCAGGAACGGCUGGAGAGACUUCUGUAUAUUCAGGAACUUCUGGAAGACGGACAAGUGGAGCAGUUCCACAAAGCAUUAGUGGAGCUGAAUAUGGACUCUGCAGAGGAGCUACAGUCUUACAUUCACAAGCUCAGUGUCGCGGUUGAGCAGGGCCGGCAGCGCUUCAUGGGAGAUUCAAUAGACGGCAAACCACAGACCCCAGAAACAGCUGGGGGAGAAACAGAAGACAUGGAAGGGAUUUCUGAACUGGAACCUCUUGACUCUGAGGAGCAGAUAGAACCUGAGAAGAGCACUCCAAAUGUCCAGCCCAUGUUUAACAUUGCGGAGUAUCAUCAGAUGUAUCUGGGCACAGAGAGGAUUCGUGUUCCUGAAGUCUUAUUUCAGCCUUCUCUCAUUGGAGAAGACCAGGCUGGCUUGGCUGAGACUAUGCAAUAUAUACUUGACCGGUAUCCACAAGAAGAGCAGCAGCAGCUAGUGCAGAAUGUCUUCCUGACAGGCGGCAAUGUGAUGUAUCCAGGAAUAAAGGCUCGGAUUGAGAAGGAACUGCUGCAGAUGAGGCCUUUUGGUUCCACUUUUCAUGUGUCAUUGGCCUCUCAUCCUGUCCUGGAUACCUGGCAUGGUGCCUCUGAAUGGGCCCUCCAAAAUCUGGAAACAGAUGAGGGCUGGAUAAGCCGUAAGGAUUAUGAAGAGAUGGGAGGAGAGUACCUAAAAGAGCAUGUGGCGUCCAAUCUUUACACAUCCAUUCGACUGCCCAAGCCAGCUCCCCGUAGCGCAGCGCCAUCCAGCAGCCAGGAGUCAGAGAAUAUUCCACAGGGUAACCCAGGUGCUUCCCUGUCAUAAGGCAAACGGUGCCCUGUGCAUAUUGAACAUUGCUCUCAAGCGACUCUGGAACCCGAUCGUCAGGUCCUUUUCUGUCCAGAGAAGAUGGAUCGAAGGAUCCAAGAGGCAAGUCUCUCCACUCCUGACUUGUUUUAGGAAAUAGUUGUAUUCCACAUGAUAUGAUGUUUUGCAGUUCCUCUAUUAUUCCUCAAAGAAGUUUAUGACUAAAGGUACAACUGGGUGUUACCAGUAAGAAGAGUGUCCCUGCACAGUCUUGCAUUGUCCAGGGGCACACCUCCAACUGGUCACAUGCAAUUGUACAUUUAUUUUUUAAACUUCUCAUAGAAAUAGUAGAGGAAUGGCACAACAUAGAGUGAUAAAAAUGAAUGCCGCAGAAUAGCUGUGUCAUGUGGCAUACAAUUAGCCUACUGAAAUAGACCUUUCAGGAGAGAUGGCAGGUGCUCUUUAACAAUACAGACAGGCUCGGUAGAUGACAGACAUUUUUCUCAUUUUCAAUGUAUAUUUAUUUUUGUAAUAAAGCCUGAAAUCAUCAAGAAA